AAGAGUACGACGAGCCUCCACGGUGCAAGGCGGGACAGGAUAUUGUGCUGCAGUCACCUGUCGACUGGGUCAUUUUGGAUGGCCGAGAAAGUUCAGAUGACCGUGGAAUUGUGCAGUAUGAGUGGACGUUGCUGCAAGGUGACUCAUCGGUUGAAAUGAAGGUACCACAACCGGGAACACUGAAACUAUCUCAUGUCCAGGAAGGCAAGUAUAUUUUCCAGCUAACUGUGACAGACACUGCAGGUCAGCGGAGCUCCGACAACAUCUCUGUGACUGUUCUUCCCAUGGUUCAUUCUGCAGUAGCCUGUGUUGGGGUUUGCUCUCGCUACCAGUUUAUCUGCGAUGACGGCUGCUGCAUUGACAUCACUUUUGCUUGUGAUGGCGUGAGACAGUGCCCUGAUGGAUCGGAUGAAACUUUCUGCCAGAACUUCAGCCCGGGUCGGAAGACAGUGACACACGCAGCUCUUGGAACCAGCCAGCAAAGGACUGUAGGACUGACUGAAAACACAGAUGAAAACUUCUCUGCAGAAAACACCCUGAAAGCCACUGCCAGAAAUCAACCGCUUCUCUCAGUGGAUGCAGGCAUGUCUAACCAAUCGCUUUCUCAGGGACCAAAGAAACAAAUCAGUGGAUUUGUGCCAGAUAACAGUUCCUCAGGGAAAAGACCAGAUGAUAAAAAUGUGAAUGGCAUAACUGUGCCAAAGAGAGAUCAGCUUGGAGGUGGUCGUCCAGUCCCAGAAACAGGUGCUGUGUUACCCUUAGCCUUAGGCUUGGCCAUCACUGCUUUACUGCUGCUUAUGGUUGCUUGCAGACUGCGUUUAGUGAGACAGAAGCUUAAAAAAGCUCGACCCAUUACAUCCGAAGAGUCCGAUUACCUCAUCAAUGGGAUGUAUCUCUAAAAAUGGGAUUUAGGUCAGUUGUUUUCUCCCCUUUCUCCUGUGUCCAUGAACCUCUGCCUCUAUAAAAGGACCAAAAUCUUUAGUUAAGUUUCAAAUGUAGAAGAAGCCUACGAGAUGAAGAACAUGUUCUUCCCCUUUGGUGAGAAA